AUGUUUAUUUUAGUGAUCUCUGAAAAUCCAUCUGCAUUAUCUUUAAAAUCGACAAUAAAAGAAAACAGCACUCCGAAAAGAGAUGUGAUCUCUAAAAAUCCGACUGCAUUAUCUUUAAAAUCGACAAUAAAAGAAAAUAGCACUCCGAAAAGAGAUGAAUCUCAACAAGUUACUUCUAAUUUUUCAAACGCAAACAGUUUUCUAGAUGUCCAUGAAAGCAACGAUUACAAUAAUAACGAUCUAGCACGUUUAUGCGCAUCUGGCUUUCGUAGUAUUUGUUCACAAUUAACACAACUGUCAGUGGCAGUGCAAGAAUUGAAGAAUCUAGCAACUACAAAUAACUUCCAAUAUUGCUUAAAUUUUGCAGAAAAAUAUGAAAUGGAAUUGCCAUGCAAAACCGUAGCAGAGUUCACUGCAUUUGAUGAGAAAUUGAAGGAGGACAAAACAUUUCGGGAUAAUUUCAAACAGACUAUCUUACUAAACAUUGACAUAAAUGGAUCAAUUUUAAAAUCUUUAACUAACAUAUUUAAAAAGUACAUGUCGAGGGAGGUGGCUUUGGCCUAUACUGCGGUGAAGAAAGUUCAUGGUAAGGAGGUUCUCAAAGAGACUAAAUUCUCAUCAUGCGUUAGAGAAGUGCUGAUUAAAGAAUUGUUGAAAAUAAAUCCGCAGCAGGCAUGGAAAGCAGACAAAAUCUAUUUUUCAACAAUUGGUAGCAUAUUAAAUAAUGCUAAAGAUUGGGACGGUCAUCGACUGUUACGAAGAAAGAAAUCAACUACUGAGGUUGAUGAACAAUGGCUGAAUUAUUAUGUAGAUGAGAACCAAAUUCUACGCAUGAUGGAUGAGAAUAUUGCGACAGAUUCAAUGUCAGCCCAUGUUGGAAAUGAAAACAAUGAAAUGUUUAAAGAGUUGCACUGA